AUGGCUGGGAAAGUCCGCGCCAGAUUCAGAGGGCGAACUCUUUCGGUCAUGACUUCGUGCAAUCCUUGGGAUCCUGCGCAGCCCGCGGCGGCUGGACUGAUACUGUCCCGGUGUCUGUCUUUGGGGACGGUGUCGCAGGAAACUCUUGAUGCAUGUGGUAAACCAAGACCUUGCUUGGUUCAUCUGUCAGAGGCAGAACAAAUUGUUGACCACCAAGCUGAAAUCAACCAGAACAAUCUGGAUACUGAAAUCUUGCAGAUAGAAAAAGAAACAGCAGAUAUUGUUCAUCCAUUCUACCUGACUCAGAAAUGCCAAGUUCUUCAAGGGAUGAAUAGGCACCUAGAUGCAGUGUUGAAAGAGAAAAGAGCUCUUAGGCAGAGGCUAAUGAAAUCAUUGUGUCAAGACAGUCUGCCCAUUGAAGCUGACUUUCACAGAUAUGCUGUAAAGUUGUUAGCGCUGGCAGUGGUUUCCAUUCAAAAACUAGAAACUCGUCUAAUAGCAAUAAGGAGCAUUCCUCAAAUACCUCCGACUAUAAAGAAAAUGGACAGUGAAUUAACAAAGAUGGAUUUGUUGGUGACAGAGACUGAAGAACUGGCUGAACAAAUAUUUAAGUGGAGAGAAAAACAAAUGGGAAUCUUCUGUUUUAACUCUCAGUUGACUGUUGUAUCAGAUUCUUUGUUCAGAAGUGGAACUCCCUAAUAACACUCUCUUUAUUUCUCCUGUUUCCUCCCAUCCCAAACAGAAUGAAAGGUAACAGGGUGGCUGUUCAACAGUUUUAUAUGAUUCAUGCAACAGAGGCAUAUUUUGUUCUUGCUCUCAAAUAUGCAAUUAUUUGUCUUUUCUUCUGACAUGAAUAUUUAUAUAUUUAUAUGUAUACCUAAUAUGUGCUCAGAAAUUAUCCACUGGAAUGUUAAAUAAGCAGGCCAAAGGCCAUUAAAAUUUCCUGAGGAGUAUUUUAAUGCAGAAAUCCUAUGACAUUAUUUAGCAUUAUCUUCAUAUAUCUAUGUCCAAUAUUUGGAAGUAAGUAACCCGAUGUUUUACGCCUACCUGUUUUUGCAAGUGAGGAUAUUUUUGUGUAUUGAAGUUCAAUAAAAGUAUCAGACUAUAAAA